GUCGCUUCGGCCAAUUUCAAGUUGACUUUACCUUCGACAGACUGAGUUGGAUUAUGUUUGAACUUGCGCAGAAGACUUCAAAUUGAAGACAGAUGGCGCCAUUCCUUUUAGCUGCUCCUGAGUGGGCUUACUUUGAUGUUUAACGCUUCGACUCGCCCUAUAAAACUCCUCUACAAUGAAGUUUUCUUCAACUGUCACUCUUCUCUCUGCCUUCGCCCUCCCAGUAUUCGCAGACUCCGUUUUUGUUGUACCGAACGCUAAUUACAGCAACCCCAACGCAUCCCUCUCUACCGUCACUUGCUCGCGUUUGUCACUGCAUUACGCCAACUUUUCCUCCAUGCCUUCCUUCCCCAACAUUGGAGGCAUUCCAGGUGUCGUCUCGAACUCCACCUUAUGCGGCUCCUGCUGGAGCCUUACGCCUGCCCCACCCUGCAGCGGCCUAACUACCCUCUACAUCACCGUUAUUGAUGACGAUUCCAGUCUCGUUGUUGACACUGCCAAAGACGUCAACGCUACCGUAUACGCCAUCUCACAGCAGGCGUACGGCAACUUGACUCACGCUUCCUGCAAUGUGAACGCAGUUUAUGCCGAAGCCGCUCAGGUCCAUGCUAGCAUGUGUGGCAUGUAGAGGCGAGCGUGUUUCAUCCUCCUUGUUUUGCAAAAUUAGAGCUCUGAUUCGAUGUUCAGCCCGUAUAAGCUGCUGUACUAGAUGGUACUGGCACUGGGAUGGCUGAUGUUAUCGAAGAAGAUCUAGGGUUUUUUGGGCUUUGAGUGGGGUUGCUUAUACGUCGUGGUUUGUAACUUGGAAAGCGAGGUGCGGUGUGUUUGACAGGGUGUCUGUCCG